AUGGAGGGCCACUCCGAACAGCCGCAUACCGCUUCGGAUUCACAAGCCUAUACCCAGUCCUCCAGGCAACAAUCCACCUCAAAUGGCGAGACCUAUCACCAUGAUGCAGGCUUCGAACAACCCGCCGAAGCUUCCAACCAAAAUUUCACCGACACCUCAACCAUCAGCUCGUCUGUAAGUGAUGGAGAUGGCCGCUGGGGAGAGGAGAAUGUCGGCAAGGCCGUCUCCCGCAGCGGCGCCAUGGAGGACAUGGAAGAGAUGCGCCGCGAACUCACCCGCCUCAGCCUGAACCGUACCCGCUCUGCCAACAAGAGCGUUGGUCGCCUCAGGUCGCGGGCCAGCCGUCCCGAUGAGGAAAAGGCCAUGGAACACGUCAUGGAUGAAGAAGAGACUGAGGAUGAGGCUGAUAGCGGCUUCGAUCUGGGUGAAUUCCUAGUCGGUGGUCAUCUGGAACGCCGCACGACCACUGGCGGACCAGCCAAGAAGGUCGGCGUUGUCUUCAAGAACCUUACCGUAAAGGGUGUGGAGACUGGUGCAUCCUUCGUACGCACUCUGCCCCAGGCUUUGAUGGGUACUUUCGGCCCGGAUUUGUAUAAUAUCGUCUGUCAGUUUGUGCCGCAGCUGCGGUUCGGCAAACAACUUCCUGUUCGCGAUUUGAUCCAUGAUUUCAGCGGUACUGUGCGUGAAGGUGAGAUGAUGCUGGUGCUCGGUCGUCCUGGCGCUGGUUGUACCACUUUCCUCAAGGCAAUUGCAAAUGACCGUGGCGCUUUUGCUGGUGUCGAUGGCGAGGUUAGCUACGGUGGUCUCUCCUCUAAGGACCAGAACAAGCACUUCCGUGGAGAAGUCAACUAUAACCCGGAAGAUGAUCAGCACUUCCCCUCCCUCACUGUCUGGCAGACUCUCAAGUUUUCUCUGAUCAACAAGACCCGCAAGCAUGAUCGGGAAAGCAUCCCCAUUAUCAUCGAUGCCCUGCUGAAAAUGUUCGGUAUCACUCAUACUAAGAAUACACUUGUUGGUAACGAGUAUGUUCGCGGUGUCUCUGGAGGCGAGCGCAAGCGUGUGAGUAUCGCAGAGACCCUAGCCACCAAGUCAUCAGUGGUCUGCUGGGAUAACUCGACUCGCGGCCUGGAUGCCAGUACCGCACUGGACUACGCCAAGUCCCUCCGCAUCAUGACCGACAUCAGCAAGCGCACUACCUUCGUCACACUAUACCAAGCCGGAGAGAGUAUCUACGAGCUCAUGGACAAGGUGAUGGUCAUUGACGAAGGCCGCAUGCUCUACCAAGGACCGGCCAAUGAAGCACGACAAUACUUUAUCAACCUGGGCUUCUACUGUCCCCCGCAAUCGACUACAGCCGACUUCCUUACUUCGCUCUGCGAUCCCAAUGCCCGCGAGUUCCAGCCCGGCUGUGAAGCGUCCACCCCCAAGACCGCCGAAGAACUCGAAAAGACCUUCAAGAACAGCGAGGCCCACAGCCGUAUCUUGGGGGAUGUCGCUCACUACGAGAAACGCCUCCAUGAUACCGAGCAGGAGGACACCCGUCGUUUCCAAUCUAUGGUCGCGCAGUCCAAGUCUAAGUCCGUCUCCAAGAAGUCGCCAUACACCGUCUCGUUCAUGCGGCAGGUCAUGGCCUGCGUGCAGCGCGAGUUCUGGCUGCUCUGGGGCGACAAAACCUCCCUCUACACGAAGUACUUCAUUGUCAUCUCUAACGCUCUCAUCGUUUCAUCCUUGUUCUACGGGGAAUCCCUGGAUACCAGCGGCGCUUUCUCGCGCGGCGGUGCUCUGUUCUUCUCGAUUCUGUUCCUUGGCUGGCUGCAACUGACUGAGCUGAUGCCUGCUGUCACCGGGCGCGGCAUCGUCGCCCGCCACAAGGAUUACGCUUUCUACCGUCCGUCUGCUGUCUCCAUUGCCCGUGUCGUUGUUGACUUUCCCUGCUAUCCUCUGCAUGUUACCAUGUAUUUUAUGACUGGCCUCGAUGUCACGGCUUCCAAGUUCUUCAUUUACUUCUUGUUCGUGUACACAACCACGUUCUGCCUUACCUCACUCUACCGCAUGUUCGCUGCGCUGUCACCGACUAUCGAUGACGCGGUGCGUUUCAGUGGUAUUGCCCUGAACCUGCUCAUUUUGUAUGUCGGCUAUGUCAUUCCCAAGCAGACUCUUAUCAAGGACUCUAUCUGGUUCGGAUGGCUGUACUAUGUCAAUCCGAUCUCGUAUAGUUAUGAGGCAGUCUUGACAAACGAGUUUGCUGGCCGCAUCAUGGAAUGCAAUCCAUCCCAGCUUAUCCCACAGGGUCCCGGGAUGGAUCCCAAGUACCAGGGCUGUGCUCUGACUGGGUCAACCUUGGGCGAAACCGCUGUUACCGGAGAUCAGUAUUUGACUGCCAACUUUGAGUUCACGCGCAGUCACCUAUGGCGCAACUUUGGUGUUGUCGUUGCCUUCACUGUGCUUUACAUCCUAGUGACUGUCAUUGCUGCUGAGACUCUCUCGUUCGUUGGUGGCGGAGGCGGUGCUCUGGUCUUCAAAAAGUCUAAGCGCUCUAAGCAGGUCGCUGCCCAGCCUACCACCGCCAACGAUGAAGAAAAGGUCGCCAAGGCAAAUGACAAUGCUGCUCUUGCCCGUGGCCAGGCCUCUUCUUCUGACGAUGCUGCUUUCAACCGUCUGUCCUCAAGUGAGCGCUGCUUCACCUGGCAGAAUGUUGAAUACACUGUCCCCUACGGCAACGGAACACGCAAGCUCCUCAACGGUGUCAACGGCUAUGCUAAGCCCGGCGUCAUGAUUGCGUUGAUGGGUGCCUCUGGCGCUGGAAAGACCACUCUACUCAAUACUUUGGCGCAGCGCCAGAAGAUGGGUGUUGUGACUGGCGAUAUGCUUGUCGAUGGCCACAAUCUGGGUGCUGAUUUCCAGCGUGGCACAGGUUUCUGUGAGCAAAUGGAUCUACACGACAAUACCUCCACCAUUCGCGAAGCCUUUGAGUUCUCAGCCAUCCUCCGUCAGCCCCGCGAUGUCUCGCACCAGGAGAAAAUUGAAUAUGUGGACCGUAUCAUUAAUCUUCUUGAGCUGGAGGAUAUCGAGGACGCCAUCAUCGGCUCUCUCAACGUCGAGCAGAAGAAGCGUGUCACCAUUGGUGUUGAGCUUGCAGCCAAGCCCAGUCUGCUUCUAUUCCUAGACGAGCCCACCUCCGGUCUCGACAGUCAAGCCGCAUUCUCCAUCGUCCGCUUCCUCAAGAAACUCUCCCAAGCCGGCCAGGCCAUCGUCUGCACAAUCCACCAGCCCUCCUCCAUGAUCAUCCAGCAAUUCGACAUGAUUCUCGCCCUCAACCCCGGCGGCAACACCUUCUACUUCGGUCCCGUCGGCAAAGACGGCUCCUCCGUAAUCAAGUACUUCGCUGACCGCGGCUUCGUCUGCCCGCCAUCAAAGAACGUCGCCGAGUUCAUCCUCGAAACAGCCGCGAAAGCAACCCACCGCAACGGCAAACAUGUCGACUGGAACGAAGAAUGGCGCAACUCGGAUCAAAACCGCGAAAUGCUCGCGGAAAUUGAGCACAUCCGCUCAGAGCGCAGCAAACUCCCCAUCGAGGAAUCCGGCUCCGCCAAAUACGAAUUCGCAGCCCCAACAUCAACCCAAACAUUCCAGCUAACGAGGCGUCUCUUCACAAACUACUGGCGCGACCCCUCGUACUACUACAGCAAGAUCUUCGUCUCGGUCAUCAUGGGCAUCUUCAACGGCUUCACCUUCUACAUGCUCUCCAACAACGUAGCCUCAAUGCAAGACCGCAUGUUCUCCGUCUUCCUAAUCAUCCUCAUCCCCCCCCAUCGUCCUCAACUCCAUCCACGCGAAUACCCCUCCCGCAUCUACGGCUGGUUCGCCUUCUGCACAGCAAACGUCGUCUGCGAGAUCCCCGCUGCCAUCAUCUCAGGCCUGAUCUACUGGCUGCUUUGGUACUACCCCGUCGGGUUCCCUACCGACUCCGCAAACGCAGGAUACGUCUUCCUCAUGACUAUGCUCUUCUUCCUCUUCCAGGCCUCGUGGGGCCAAUGGAUUUGCGCCUUCGCGCCUUCCUUCACGGUCAUCUCGAACGUCCUCCCCUUCUUCUUCGUCAUGGUUAACCUCUUCAACGGUAUCGUCCGUCCCUAUGCCGAUUACCCUGUCUUCUGGAAAUACUGGAUGUACUACGUCAACCCCAUGACCUGGUGGCUGCGUGGUGUGCUCUCGGCUGUUUUGCCAGAGGUCAAGAUUGAAUGUGCUUCGCUUGAGGCUACACAUUUCAAUCCCCCGCCUGGAAAAACCUGCGCUGCGUAUGCAGGUGACUUUGUCAACUCCAUCGCUAAGGCGGGUUACCUGGUUAACCCCCGGGCUACGGCGGAUUGCCAGUACUGUCCCUACACGGAUGGUGAGCAGUAUAUGGCGAACUUGAAUGUUCAUGUCGAGGAUAAGUGGCAUUGCUUUGGUAUUUUCCUUGCCUUUGUUAUUAUUAACUGGGCUUUGGUUUAUUUCUUUAUCUACACAACUCGUGUGAGGGGUUGGAGCUUUGGUCUUGCUUCGCUAUUUGGUGCGGGCGGAUUGAUGAUUGAUCGCGUGAAGGGAUUGUUCAAGGGAAAGAAGAGCGAUGAAUAG